AUGAAUCAAAGCGUCUGGAGCAAAGCCAUGUACUCGUCCAGCAGCGUCUGCCUGGACGGCUGCACUGCAGACCACCUCUCCUCGUUUCAACCAUCAAAUUUAGACGCAUCCGGUGUUUCUGCGACUUUCCACAAAGACGGCGAGAUCAUCAAAAUGCUGCCCAACAGUGCUUAUUACAGCAGCGGAGAUCCAGCUUCAGGUUUGAUCUGUUCCCACCAUCUGGAGCUCAGCUCAUCCGGAGACAACACCGCUGGACAUUUACCCACAAGAAGGCUCCCGUCUCCUGCACCCAGCUCCUACCAGGACUGGAACCUGAGCAGUGGGCGCCAAGCGAAGCGAGCCAGAGUAGAAAACAUCAUCAAAGGCAUGACCAGCUCUCCUGGUUUGUACUGCUCAGGUGUGACAGCAGGUCAGCACGAGGAGGUCGACUGUGUGCAGGAAGACGAAACCGUCCGAGAACCUUUGGAUCUGAAACACUCGGACAGAAGUGGAUCCGGCAGCACGAGUCAAAGCCGGGCGACGAGGAAGCAGCCUGAGAGGCAGCAGCAGCACCUCAGACAGCUCAGAACCAAGUUCAGCCACAUGGACGAAGCUACUGAGACCACAGACAGCAGAAAGGAGGAGAAACACCCCACGUGGAGUGAUUCUCCUGAAACAUCUCCGAGUGAUGCGUUGACCGAUGCAUACAGUGAAAGUAGAAAAUAUCAAGGAUGGAAGAAGGUGAAGCUCAUGAACUACUUCCAGUCCAAACCGGAGCGGAUAAAGCUAAUGGCAGAUGUUUUGAAGUACGAACUGUCCAGAGCUGUGAGCCGGAGCGUGGACUCCAUCUUCAAAAGCAUGCCGCUACUACAGACACAUGAUGUGGAGCCUGUGCAGACUGACAUGCCUCUUCAGACAUCAACAUGUGGAGAUAACAAACUAAGACUUUCUUGUUGUGACGCUGUCGAGGUGCCAGAUGUUCAGACAGAAGCUCUAUCUCUGGUUGUGCAAAAGCCCAAUGUGGACACAUCCAGCAAAUGUGUCCUCCAGUCCAGGCUGAAAGCUCACCAUCGUCCCAGAUCUCCAAACCCCUUCAGCCACGACUCGGCUCUGCGUGAAGAUCAGCUGUCAGAGAAGAACCACAGAUGCUUGCAGGACGGACACUCGGAAGCAGCUCCAUCGAAGUUUGAGGCGUUUGAUGCACAUUGGAGUUCAGUCAAAGUGAGAGCGAAGGUCAAGUCCAGGUCCGUGAGGAGCCCACACAUUCAUACGGUGUCCGUGGAUCCGGUGCUUCUGGAAAGUCUGUGUCUCCCUCAUGUGAAGCUCGAGUCGGACAGCCUGGUGAAAAACAACCUGUACAUGCUGAACGAGGGUCUGACCACAAACCACCUGAAGAAGGCAAAGCUCAUGUUCUUCUACACUCGCUACCCGAGCUCCCUGGUGCUGAAGGUGUGUUUCCACGAUGUGCAGUUCACGCGCUGCAUCACCUCCCAGCUCAUCAAGUGGUUCAGCAACUUCAGAGAGUUCUACUACAUCCAGAUGGAGAAGUUCGCCCGCCACGCUCUCAUGGAGGGAGCGGCCGACGGGAGGCGUCUGGCUGUGGGCAGAGAAUCGGAACUUUUCAGAGCUCUCAACAUGCACUACAACAAGGCCAACGACUUCCAGGUUCCUGAGAGGUUCCUGGAAGUGGCCGAGAUUACACUGAGAGAGUUCUACAUUGCCAUCUCAAUGGGGAAGGACCGAGAUCCGUCCUGGAAGAAAGCCAUCUACAAGGUGAUCUGCAAACUGGACAGUGACGUACCAGCCGAUUUCAAAAGUCAACACACCGGAUAAGAACCGAGCAGAAGACACCGUGUGCCACAGCGGUUCCUGUCACAGUGUGGACUUACUCACAUGUUGGUCGGCGAACUAUUUUGUCUGAAUGUAAACACGAACAAUGUUGUAAAAUAGACGAGUCAUCAGUUAGUGCAGAUGUUUCAUCUCCAUUAAUGUGCCAGAGUGUCGGCAGUGGAGAACAUCUGGCACAGACUUCACCAGCUGUCACUGCUGCCUCAUGACUUAAUAUGUAUUCUGCUAUAUGAACACAUGACAUAGCAACAAUACAUAUUUUGCAGGAUUCAAC